UAGGUGUGGCUGCCACGCCUAGUAAUUAAGUGACCACGUGCUCGUGAAAAAGUAAAGAAGAGACAAUGUCUCGUUUCUUCGCAACUGGUAGCGAUAGCGAGUCCUCUACUGAGAGCUCUGAUGAAGAAACACAACCAACUCGCUCGGUCCCUGCUAGGAAGCCACAGUUUGCUUUCAGCGAUGACGAGGAAGAGAAACGCGUCGUACGAUCACAAAAAGACAAAAGAUCUGACGAACUAAAGGACAUUAUACACUCUAUGAGGAACAGACAGAAAAUAAGAGAUAUUGUUAAAGUUCAAAACGAGUUCGAGGUACUCCAGAAAGCUUACGUGAAGAGUAAAAGUGUUCUUGAUACAGAGGAUGGCCCGCCAAGGUUCUUUAUAAAGUCAAUCGGAGAACUUGAGGAUUUUGUUCAAACACUUUGGGAAGAUAAAGAAGCAAAACAGAAACUCUCAAAAAUUAAUUCAAAAGCUCUAGCCUCGUUGAAGCAAAAGGUUCGCAAGUAUAACAAAGACUUUGAAGUUCCCUUGAAACACUUUCGUGAAAACCCUGAGCUCUAUGAGGAAGAGGAGGAACAGGAACAAGAUAAAGAUGAAGAUGAAGAUGAUGAUGAUGAUAUUGAAGAAUCUAAAGCUCCUCCACCUGAGGCCCCACCCUCAACGAAAGCGGACGGCUACCAGUCAGACGACGAUGAUGAUGAUGAUAGCUCUUGGGGCAGCUCUAGUGAUUCUGAGAGUAGCUCUGAUAGCGACGAGAGAGGGAACUGGGCACCUGGUGAAUACAGAUACACAGCUGAGUACUUCCUUAAGAAGAAGCCAACUAGUGGUGUUAGCGAUGAGGUGAAGCCGAAGAGAAGAGAGAGGAAGGAGAAAGAGACCAAAGAGACAAAAGAGGUUGACGAAGAAGAGGAACAGGAGGAGGGAGAGAAAUGGGAGACAGUCCAAAGAAAAGGAAUCGGAAGAGAAUUGACUGACAAGGAGAAGAUGAAAAGUCUCUUUGGCAAAGAGAAUGUUGAACUGGAUGGAGCUGCUGUCGCCAAGAAACGCAACGAGUUGAUAUCAGCUCGCGGUAAGAAAUCAACAGAUCGACCCGAACAGAUCAGAAUAUUGAAAUAUCUACUUGAUCUGGCCAAUGCUGCAAAUCUUGGUUCGGGUGUUACCCUUCGCCUGUUACUGGAUAUUAUUGACGCUGCCUUUGAUGUGCCCAGUGGAGGAGGAUCAUUGAAAGAUGAAAUAUGGAAACUUGCUUUAGAUUAUUUAGUGAAGGUUCUUCAGUUGCUCGAGUCCAAUCCGUCGCUUGAAAUGAAUCCAUUGUUACCUGAUGAAGACAUAAAUUACACCGAUCUUUCUCGUCCUCUUAAGUUGCAGGGUAACUUGUUGGCGUAUUUGGAAAGGAUGAACGAAGAGUUCAUUAAAAUAUUACAAAGCACUGACGCCCACUCAACUGAUUAUUUGACCAAGCUACAAGCCGAGAGAAGGGUUACAGACAUUGUUGAUCGUACUUUAAAAUAUCUUGAGAAGCAGUCCACAGCCACAGAAGAUGCCAACCUCUGCAGAAUAUACAUAAUGAGGAUUGACCAUCUCUACUACAAGGUUGAUAGGGAUAAUUACGGCAAGCCAGUCUCACAGGCUACAGAGGAAGGGGAGGAGCUCAACUCCGCCCAGUUGAUUGCAAAACUCGCUAAAUUCAUUUAUAAUUAUCCCGGGAUUGAUCUCGGGCCGAUAAAGACUAGAGCUGUUUUGUGUCACAUUUAUCAUCACGCCUUGCACAAUCGCUGGUUCGAGGCUCGUGAUCUAAUGCUAAUGAGCCACCUGCAGGAGGGGAUACAGCACGCUGAUGUGCCCACGCAGAUACUGUACAAUCGUACCAUAGUCCAGUUGGGUAUGUGUGCCUUCAGGCACGGGAUGAUAAAGGAGAGCCAUGAGACACUAAUGGACAUACACUCUCCUUCUCGUAGCAAAGAAACUAAAGCAAAGGAACUAGCAAAAGAACUAUUAGCACAGGGUUUAACUCCUCGUCCCGAUCGUACGUUAGAGCAGGAGAAGUUGGAGAGGAGGAGACAGGUUCCUUUCCACAUGCACAUCAACCUGGAGCUGAUGGAGUGCGUCUACCUCACUUCAGCAAUGCUACUGGAAAUACCUUAUAUGGCAGCUACUGAGACGGAGGGAAGGCGUAGGAUGAUAUCCAAAGGUUUUUACCAUCAGCUCAAGAACCACGAGAAACAGCCGCUAGUUGGCCCUCCCGAGACCAUGAGGGAACACGUGGUCGCUGCAGCCAACUCAAUGAAGAAGGGAAACUGGAUCCAAGCCAGGGAUUAUUUAUUGAAUAUUAAAGCUUGGAACCUCUUUACUAAUGUUGAAGAAGUGAAGGCAAUGCUGACUAGUAAGAUCCAAGAAGAGACACUGCGUACAUACAUAUUCACAUACGGAUCUGUAUAUGAUUCUUUAAGUCUCCAUCGCUUGUCCGAGAUGUUUGAGUUACCACUAGCCACAGUUCAUAGUAUCAUCAGUCGAAUGAUAAUAAAGGAGGAGCUAUUGGCAUCGCUGGAUGAACCCACUCAGUGUGUUGUGAUGCAUCACGCUAAACCUACCAAGCUACAGAGUCUGGCUUUGAAUCUGGCAGAGAAGAUAGGUACUGUAGCUGAUCAUCAUGAAGAGCUGCUUAAAGUCAAGCAAGGCCCAGGCUGGAUGAUAGGAGGAGGUGGUCUUACAUUCCCAUCCACUAAAGGAGGAGGCUAUGGUAGGAGAAAGCAGGCAUCUUAAAGCUAACUGCAAUUAUAAUUUAUUAUUAAUAUUAUUGUUAAUAUUUUUUCAUCUAAAAAUUGUUGCCAUUAUUGAUCAUUAUCAAUGAUAAUAUUA